CUCUCACUCCACUCCACUCGCAUUCUUCAGUCUCGUCUUUCUUUACUCUGUCGUCGCCGCCGCUUAGCCGCUAAUCUUCACCAUGUCCGCACUCCGCCCCCUCGCCGCCUCCCUCCUCCUCCUCCUCCUGUGCUCCGCCGCCGCCGUCUCCGGCCACAACAUCACCGCCAUCCUCGAGGGCUUCCCCGAGUACUCCCUCUUCAGCUCCUACCUCAGCCAGACCAAGCUGGCCGACGAGAUCAACAGCCGCCAGACCAUCACCGUCCUCGCCCUCGACAACGGCGCCAUGUCCGCCCUCGCCGGCAAGAAGCCCCUCUCCGUCAUCAAGAACGAGCUCGCCGUCCACGUCGUCCUCGACUACUUCGACCCCCAGAAGCUCCACCAGAUCCCCAAGGGCUCCACCCUCUCCACCACCCUGUACCAGACCACCGGGAACGCCCCCGGCAACACCGGCUUCGUCAACAUCACCGACCUCCAGGGCGGCAAGGUGGGCUUCGGCGCCGCCGCCGGCUCCAAGCUCGACUCGUCGUACACCAAGUCGGUGAAGCAGAUCCCCUACAACAUCUCCGUCCUCCAGAUCAGCGCCCCCAUCCUGGUCCCGGCCAUCCUCGCCGCCCCGGCGCCGUCGGCCUCGGACACGAACGUGACGGCGCUGCUCGAGAAGGCCGGGUGCAAGACGUUCGCGGGCCUCCUCGUCUCGAGCGGCGUCAUCAAGACGUACCAGUCGGCGCUGGAGAAGGGCCUGACGGUGUUCGCGCCCAACGACGAGUCCUUCAAGGCCAAGGGCGUGCCCGACGUGAGCAAGCUCUCCAAUGCCGAGCUCGUGUCGCUCCUGCUGUACCACGCGGUGGCGGACUACACCCCGAUCGGGUCCCUGAAGACGAGCAACGGCCCGAUCAGCACCCUCGCCACCAACGGCGCCGGGAAGUACGACUUCACCGUGAAGACCGCCGGCGACUCCGUCGCGCUCGACACCGGGGUCGACUCCUCGCGGGUGGCCAGCACCGUGCUCGACGCCACCCCCGUCGCGAUCUUCACCGUCGACAGCGUCCUCCUCCCCACCGAGCUGUUCGGCAAGUCCCCGUCCCCCGCGCCGGCGCCGGAGCCCAUGAGCGCUCCUUCCCCGUCGCCGGUGAGCCCAGCUCCAGGCCCCGCGGUGGAGGCCCCGUCGCCCCUGGCGGCAUCGCCUCCUGCUCCGCCGACGGAGACGCCGGAGUGGUCCCCGGCGGCGGGCCCGGCGGUGGAGUCCGCGAACAGCAGGUCGGAUAGCGCGGCCGGCGACUCGAAGGCGCCCACGUUGCUGGCGGCCGUCGUCGCCGUCUCCGCCACUGUAGUUUCUUCCCUCCUCAUGUCCUGAGUGGUAAUUUCGCGUCGAUUUUUUUGUUUCCCUCUUUUUUCUUUUUUUCCUUUUUCUUUUUUUGGGGCACUUCUCGAUUUCCGCAUCAUCCACCCGUUGUAACUUGUUCCUUCCCUCGCCGAGAGAUUCGAUUUUAUUUAUUUAAUUUCGCGGAUUUCUUUUAAUUA